UACUGGGUGGGUGCACGGAUGAUGGCGGUGCAGCCCUCCUUCUUCAUGCACAUGGUCCAUCCGUGGUGCCGUGCUCAUCCGGGUCGCCGAGUCACCGGCUAUACCCCUCCUCACUCUCGGCCUUUCCGACCUCGUCUCUUCUUUUAGCACUUGCCUCCAUAGCUCCAUCGCCUCAGCCUCGAUGGCCUCAGCUCUAUUCUACCUCAUCAUCUUUCAUGUCCGCGCGGCACACGUAAAACAUCUUUCCUCCCUUCCAUCAAUAUUCAAUAUGCAUCGCAUGACUUGCAUUUUUGGGGCCAGCACAGUCCCUCGCUCGUCUCGCUCGUUGUCGUGGCUUUUACUACUCUCUGAUCCCCUCCUCUCUUCUUCACAUUUCAAGACUGACCCUUCUCAUUAUUUGCGUAAUGAGAAUAAAGCGUAUUUGCUUCUUCUCGUGAUCCUCUCGCCGUCUCCCGAUCUCCCAAAGUCUCGACGUGCCCCAGUUUAUCAUUUCAACUCGCUCGUCUGCUUCCGUUACGCGCUACUUUUGCUAGCCAGUCGCGGAUCGCGCAACAGUUGCAAUGUAAUAAUAAUGGACGCACCCACCGCUCAGCCCCGAGCCCUCACUCGUCGCUCCUCUGCUCGCUCCUUGUCGCUCCUCGUCUUAUGCAAUCGCCUGGUGGCAAAUUCCUCUUUACCCCUCAUUCUCAUACCAUGCCAGGCCGACCCAACCCUCGUGCCUUAGCCAUUCAUCCUCCCCUCUUUCCCCCAAUCCCCCUAUCAACCCACCCUGUCCUUGCCGGUCAGCCGGAUGUCUCGCCGCUGGCGGUCAUUGGCGACCGGCGUCAACGGGGCGUAUGGCGCGCCACAUUGCUAACAGGACGCUCGGUUGACGCGUAAUAAUGUGUCCCCCUCAUUAGCUUCGCUAGC